AUAAUAUAAAAAAGAAUCGAAUCAUUAAUCAAUUAUUUCAUAACCCAUCACGGCGUUCGCCCAGAACUGGGUUUGGUUUUUGGCAGCAAUGUACAGGAGCGAUAUAAGUGCUGCAAAAUAAUGCGUGAACAUCUACAUAUAUGACGCUUCAUAUUCGGUUAUGACGCAGCAGCUCUCGCGCGCGCAUCCACUUCCGCGUGCACAUGCGUGGUCUCGAAUGGGGUUCCAACAUUUUUAUUUGUAAUAUGGACACUUCGAGAGAAGUUAAUGCUUUGGUAUUUGAUUAUCUUUUGAAAGUGGACGAUUCAAUUGCGAAGCAAUAUCAAAGGAUUACGAGACCGGAUCCUCUUGACCAAAAUGCACCACCAUUAGAAGAAGUGGUAAAAUGCUUCCUCACGAACUUCAAUGGAAACAAAUCGUCGGACUGUCCGCGGUCGCGGCAUCUGUCUGCGGUUCCCCCGCUCCUCGCGUGUUUCCUGAGGAGGGGGAGGGGGAGGACGCCGAGCGGUCCGAGGCGCGCAUCCGCCGGCCCGGGGGGCCAGAUUCAGAAGGCAACGUCUCCUCGGGAAGCUGGGAAAGUGCGUGACAGCUUGAGCGACCAAACAGGUGUCAGUGCAAACGCGAAAGAAGUGGUUGGGUCAAGGCGCGCUGUGAAAGCAGCGAGAUCGGAAGCUUCUUGGAGAUUAAGAGAUGCGGAGUCUUUGCCGCUGUCCAAGCGUGAGGCUGCAGUGGCGCGGACCCGGCGACUCUCCGACUCGGACAGUGGAGUGGAUGAUGCCUGUUCGAUGCACUCGUCAGUUAGCAGUCGGGCAUCACGGGGCAGCGGCGACGGCCUGCCGUCUGGCCCCGGUGACGAGCUGAUAAACUGUGACCAGUGCGGCCGGCUGUGCGUGGACGGCGACUGCCUGCUGCACGGCCAGCCGAUCCCCGUGUGGGACUCGGUGGUGCCCGCGGACACGCCUCCCCAGGAGCGCGCCGCCCGCUCGGUGCCCUCUGUGCUGCGAGUCGGCCCGUCGGGGGUACACCGCGGCGGGCUGGGCGUGUGGACCCGGCGCCCGCUGCACCCCGGCCUGCGCUUCGGGCCGUACCUGGGCCGGCGAGAGGGCAGCCGGUCGCGCGCCGCCGCCGGCGGCUGCAGCUGGGAGGUGCUGCGUAACGGCCGGCUCUGGUUCUGUGUGGAUGCGGCCGACCCGGCGUGCGCCAACUGGAUGCGCUACGUCAACUGCGCGCCGUCUGCGGCCGAUGAGAAUGUCACGGCAUACCAGCACCGCUGGCGCAUCUGGUACCGCACGUGCCGCCCGAUCGCCGCCAACACCGAGCUGCUCGUCUACUACGGAGACGAGUACAACCAGGAGCUCGUGCGCGAGGCAGCGGUGCAGCGGCGCCAGCCUCCCCGGGGUGGGGACAGAACAAAAACAGGUGUUCGGUGCCAUGCUACAUUCACAGUUACCUGACCAUUUAAGCUUGAAGGAUAGCGAGGCCGACUUUUUGUUCUAGUAUGGCGUACUCUUAGAGUGCUGGCGUGUGAUGUGUAGGUAUUGAUUGAAGGCUGCUCCACUUAGCCCAACUAUAAGCACAAGUGCCUUAUUUCAGGGAUGCUUUCAUUGUUGGGCAUCUCCGUUUCUAUUCCGCCUAUUUAGACGAUGUUGCGAAGGCAACCAUCCCUUCCAGCCACUGCUACCACGAGUUCGGCGGCCACAGACUUUCACAGGGAUACAGAGAGGGCUUUCGGGUGUUGCAUGGUGUGGAGGGGCUCCGGUGCGGGUACGCUGUCGUGUUAGGCGGUAGUUAGCUACAUACGCCGGUCUGUGAAGUUACGGGUUUCGCGGCUGUGACCGACCGCCUUUCAGGCCGGCGUCAGGCUCAGGUCUCAGGUGUGCCAACGUUUGCUGGGCUGAUUUUGUGCCUGAGCUGGGCAUAUGCCGUAGAGUGGAUCUGAGUGGUGCCCUAUCAGUGUUGUUUACCUGUCACAGAGGUUUCAUGAACUACGUGGCGACUUGGAACGGGAAGGGCCUGUCCGUAGUGGGUCUGGUUUGUGCGUGUCCUCGCCUACCAUCGUAAUGCAUUUUACUUCCAUGUUCGCCGCCUUGUGGAGCCCAGUUGCAAUGUGGCUCAUUGCAAUGGAAUCUCGCCCAACUGCCCUCAUCGCUUAUAUUAUCUUUGGCAACGCUAGUAAAGUAAUCUUGGGCAACAUUAGCUCUCCUGAAAAAGUAGAAAGGAGACCUCAUAUAAUCAAGCUAAACUGUGAUGUCCGGUACAGAUGUGUGACGCUGCACCGAUGUCUUAUGCCGGGAAAUACAUUUUUUAUUUGUUCACAACUGUCA